AUGUCAGAAACCUCCAAAAAGAACACACAUCAUUCUACAAGUCAUCAAAGAAACCACCAUACCACAUCAUCGCAUCAUCACCACCAUCACCAUCCUACACCAACGAUAGCGAUUAAAGCGACGACAUCGAGUAUCAGUGAUCGUUCCCCUUUUAUCCAAAUCUAUAAUCCAGCACACGACGCGAUCCCCGUUAGCCGAUAUGUGCCAUCCACCAGCAUGCCUUUUAUUACUAGUGCUACAACAACAACAACAACAACAACAACCGCAGCAUCUAUUACACCUUCGGUUCCUAUAAUUACGGAUUCAUCUAGCGGCAAGCAAGUGAAUGAUAAUCUUGUUGGAACCAUGCUAGGCACCUUGGGAGGAUUUACUGUUUUGUUGAUGGCGAUCAUUCUCUUUACAAGCGUAAAGCGUUCAAGACGUAGAGCACGUCAAAACAAUAAUCAACAAGGACGUGGUGUUGGUGGUGGUAAACGAGGAUGGGGGAUACGAGAAAGCUGGUACAGUGAUACUUUAUCCACAUGUCCAUCAACAUUGCCGCCACCAUACGACGUGGGAUAUGAUGAACACGACAAAAAGGAGCAACCAACAUCAGGGGCUGAAUCGGGGAAGAACCAACAGCUGCUGCAACCACCUUCACCUACAGCAGCAUGCACUACCAACAAGGCAGUACAAUACGCACCUCAACUUGCUUAUAGUCCAACGAGUUAUAGUGCCUUUGAUAUGACAAAACAUGAUCUUGAAAAGCAGCAACCUUCACAACCUAAUAGUGCAGUAACAGCAUCUAAUGUACGCAACUCGCUUCAAUACGCGCCUCAGCUGGCAUUUAGUCCUAGUUUCCACACAAGUAACUUGAUAAGCGGUAUCGACAUGUCACAAGAAACGUUGCCACCUGUACCUUUUGUUAGCCGAUCCACACCUUCAAAUGAAAGAGGCGAUGUGCAAGGUCAACAGCAACAACAACCAUCACCAACAACGACUCAAUCCACCCCACAUUAUUUACCGCAGUUGGCAUUUAGCCGCCCUCUUCAAGAUACUCUCAACAACCAAGAGUCUAUGACGCCAACAACACACCAUGUGGUGCAACAACCAUCAUCAUCGGAUACAAGCAUCACUGUUGACGAGAAUCAAGAACGCCACCUCCUAUCGCAACAACGUUUACCGGAACUGCCACCAGCAACAGCAGCAGCAUCAUCACGGAGGACAUCAACAGUAUCGCUAGCAGCAACAGCAGCAGCAGCUGGUGCUGCAGCAACCCCUUCUCCUAUUGUCGUACCACGGCCUUCACGUUCCACUGUACGAUCCUAUCAUGCCCAGCUCAACAUGGAUUUAUAA